AAAAAAAAAAAAAAAAAAAGCAGAGAGACUGUGGUGGUAUUCAAAAGUCGGAAACCCUAAGAAGUAGUAGAUUUAUGGGUGUUGUAUCGAUGGAGUCGCUUCCUCUAGGUUUCAGAUUCAGACCUACCGAUGAAGAGCUUGUUAAUCAUUACCUUCGCCUCAAGAUCAACGGACGUCACUCUGAUGUCCGAGUCAUCCCUGACAUCGAUGUCUGCAAAUGGGAACCUUGGGAUCUUCCUGCUCUCUCGGUGAUUAAAACGGAUGAUCCAGAGUGGUUCUUCUUCUGCCCUCGUGAUCGAAAAUACCCAAACGGUCAUCGCUCUAACAGAGCUACUGACUCAGGCUACUGGAAAGCUACUGGUAAAGAUCGUAGUAUCAAGUCCAAGAAGACUUUAAUUGGUAUGAAGAAGACUCUAGUCUUUUACCGUGGACGAGCUCCUAAAGGUGAGCGUACCAAUUGGAUUAUGCACGAGUAUCGUCCUACUCUUAAGGACCUUGACGGUACUGGACCUGGUCAAAGCCCUUUUGUUCUGUGUCGUCUCUUCCACAAGCCUGAUGAUCGGGUCAAUGGUGUCAAGUCCGAUGAACCGGCUCCUAGUUCUUGCAAAUACUCACCCGAUGAUACUUCCUCUGAUCUUGUCCAAGAAACACCUUCCUCUGAUACUGCAGUUGAGAAACCAUCUGAUUAUUCAGGUGGAUGCGGCUAUGCUCAGAGUAAUAUGGCAGAUGGGUCAAUGACUGAGGUACGUGAAGAGAAUCUAUGGUUAUCUUGUGACCUUGAAGAUCAAAGGGCUUUACCACCGCGUAUGGAUUCUACAUAUGCUGGUGGUUUCGGUGAUGAUGAGAUUGGAUUCCAAUUUCAAGAUGGUACCAGCGAGCCAGAUGUGUCACUAACAGAGUUGUUGGAAGAGGUGUUUAAUAACCCUGAUGACUUCUCUUGCGAGGAAUCAAUUAGUCGAGAGAACCCAAAUGGAAUCUUUUCAUCUGAUAAGAUGCUGCAGUCUGCAGCUCCAGAGGAUGUUUUCUUCAACGACUUUAUGGCUUAUACUGAUACAGAUGCCGAGAUGGUGCAAUUACAGUAUGGUUUAGAUCAUGGAGCUUCUGGGUGGCCAAAGGACGCUGUAUCGGCUUACCCUGCCACUACUAAUUCGUACUAUGGUGAUAUCCUUCAACCAGACCAGAUGACCAAUCAUAACACCGAGAAAAACGUCACAGAAGGGAGGGGGAUAAAGAUUCGAGGUCGACAGCCUCAGAACCGUUCGAGUACAGGAUUAAUAAACCAGGGCAUUGCUCCAAGAAGAAUCCGUCUGCAGGUGCAUUCUAGCUCUGUACCUCCUGAUGAUAAGAAUCAAAUUGAAGUAAAACAGCGGGAAGAGGUGAAUGAAGGACUCACUGAUAUUCCUGAGGACAAAGAAGUUGCAGCUAAAGACUCGGAGAAGAGUGAUUCUUUGGUCAAACCUCAAAUAAAGCUCAGGACGCGGGGAACUAUAGGCCAAGUAAAAGCAGGCAAAGUUGCAGACGACGAGGUACAGGUGGAGAGGAGAAAGAGAAGAAGAGAAGGGAAGCAAUGGAAGCUGGUAGCAACGGUAAUAGUGGCAGUGAUGGUGGGAGUAGGGGUGGGUAUGUGGCUGUUGGGUUCAUAACACACGAUGAGACAGAGAGAGGCUGAGAUUCAAGUUUCGUUUAAUAUGUAAUUAGCGAAUGUUAGUCUGUUUUUUUUUUUUUUUUUGUGUUGUAACUUUGUAACCAAAAACCUUAUAUGUAGGGAAAAUGUGUGUUAUAUAUAUAUAUAUAUACAGUAUAAGCGAUUAUAGUUAGUGUUGUAAUACCAAAA